AUGAGUGACUGCGAGUUUGCCUAUGUACACAUGCUGGCUGAUUAUCUGCUGUAUAUCCUGAAGACGCCGCAGCCUGGACUGGGAUUGAGCAAGACGUCCAGGGUGCUGCAGAACGUCACCUUCUCCAUCCAGCAAGAAGUGGAAGAGGCUCUGCAACCGUACCUGCACAAUGUGCCUGUCGCGUCCGUCAAGACUGCCAGAAUGAUUUUCAACCAAGUAAUGGAAAAAAAGUUUGAGGACGGUGUCGUCAACUGGGGUAGGAUUGUGACUAUAUUCGCAUUUGAAGGGGUCCUGGCCAAGAAGCUCCUCCGGGAGCAGGCUGCUCCGGAUGUGGACAUUUUUAAGCCCAUCCCUUAUUUUGUGGCUGAGUUCACAACGAGGAGAAUGGGAGAAUGGAUAAAGAGUAUUGUUGGAGUUCCUGAAGGCAUGGAUGCCGCAGACCGGCUAUCGCGGAAACACAGACCGAGGAGAACAAGGGGCGAAGGCUCAUAG